GAGCAGGGAGAUGUAGACCUCAUUGACCUCUGUGUCCAAAUGUCGGCCACCCCGAGGCGCCUCCAGGUUAAGGAUGCCAUCGUGCGAGAGGGCAGCUCGGACUCGCCAGGGGUCCACGUCCGCAGGCAGGACAUAGCUCAGUGAGUACCGGGUAUGUGUCACACUGCCAAAUCCCCGAUCACAAGUCUCCAUGAACCGGCGGUGAGCUGGGAUAAUAAAACCCCUGACAUCACCAUUCCAGAAGCUUCACAAGACUGCAUAUAUAAGGGGCUGGCCUUAGCUGCGGCUGAAGGAGCUGACCAGCCAGCUGACCCCCGACAUUCACCUAGCCACCAUGGACAUCGCCAUCCACCACCCCUGGAUCCGCCGCCCCUUCUUCCCUUUCCACUCCCCGAGCCGUCUCUUUGACCAGUUCUUCGGAGAGCACCUGUUGGAGUCUGAUCUCUUCCCAACUUCGACUUCCCUGAGCCCCUUCUACCUUCGGCCACCCUCGUUCCUGCGGGCACCCAGCUGGAUUGACACUGGGCUCUCGGAGAUGCGCCUGGACAAGGACAGGUUUUCGGUCAACCUGGAUGUGAAGCACUUCUCCCCAGAGGAACUCAAAGUCAAGGUGACGGGAGAUGUGAUUGAAGUGCAUGGCAAACAUGAAGAGCGCCAGGACGAACAUGGUUUCAUCUCCAGAGAGUUCCACAGGAAAUACCGAGUCCCAGCUGAUGUGGACCCUAUGGCCAUUACUUCAUCCCUGUCAUCUGAUGGGGUCCUCACUGUGAACGGACCAAGGAAAGCAGCCUCUGGCCCUGAGCGCACCAUUCCCAUCACCCGUGAAGAGAAGCCUGCUGUCACUGCAGCUCCCAAGAAGUAGAUGCCCUUUCUCCAAUUGCAUUUUUUAAAACAAGAAGGUUUCCCCAUCAGUGAAUGAAAAUCUUGUGAUUAGUGCUGAAGCUUAUUAAUGCUAAGGGCAGGCCCAAAUUAUCAAGCUAAUAAAAUAUCAUUCAGCAACAGA